AUGAAUUUCCAGUUCCAGGCUAACCCCGACUACCAGAUGAGCGGAGACGACACUCAGCACAUCCAGCAGUUCUAUGAUCUCUUGACCGGCUCCAUGGAGAUCAUCCGAGGAUGGGCAGAAAAAAUUCCCGGCUUCACCGAUCUCCCUAAAACCGACCAGGACCUGCUCUUUGAAUCCGCCUUCCUGGAGCUCUUUGUGCUGUGUACAGGUAAGCGGUCAAACCCAGUGGAGGGCAAGCUUAUCUUCUGCAACGGGGUGGUCCUGCACCGGUUGCAGUGCGUCCGUGGCUUUGGGGAGUGGAUCGAUUCCAUUGUUGAAUUUUCCUCCAACUUGCAAAACAUGAACAUCGAUAUCUCUGCCUUCUCUUGCAUCGCUGCCCUGGCUAUGGUCACAGAGAGGCACGGGCUUAAGGAACCCAAGAGGGUGGAAGAACUUCAGAACAAGAUUGUAAAUUGUCUCAAAGACCAUGUGACUUUUAAUAACGGGGGGCUGAAUCGCCCCAACUAUUUGUCCAAACUCUUGGGGAAGCUCCCCGAACUCCGCACGCUUUGCACGCAGGGGCUGCAGCGCAUUUUCUACCUGAAACUGGAAGAUUUGGUGCCACCACCAGCAAUAAUCGACAAACUUUUUCUGGACACUUUACCUUUUUAA